GGGCCGUGCCUAUUGCGCUCGAAGGAUUUUUUUGUAAAACGCUCCCGGGAGCGUCCAGUCGAAAACGGAACGGUGAUAAACCCGGACACCAGCAAACCCAUACACCAACACCUGGACACCCAAACAUCCAUACACCACACGCUCCGGGGAAGAAUUUCAGGGGGGCCGCGGCAGCGCGGAUUCCCCCCCGUCGAGCCAAAGCCAAAAAAGUGUUCAUCACUGAAAAACUACCACCACCACCACCACCACGACCACCACCGCAAAAACAACAACAACCACUUUAGAAGGAGCCCAAAGAAAGAUGUUCAGACUCGCAUUGAAGAACUUUAGCGCUGUUAAGGCCAUUAGACCAAGUCCAAUCGUCACCAAGUCUGCGUGGGCUUUGGCACAGACACAACAACAGCGUUUGCCGUUCCAGUUCUCUGCCCGUUGUUACUCCCACGCCCCACCACUAACACAGGAGCUGGUUGAGGAGAGAAUCCUUGAGAUCCUGGAAGGCUAUGACAAGGUCAACAAGAGCGUGAAGAUCGGCCCGGAGACGGACUUCUCGCGUGACUUGGGGCUGGACUCGCUGGACAUUGUUGAAGUUGUGAUGGCCAUUGAGGAAGAGUUCAGCAUUGGUAUCCCAGACGAGGAGGCUGACAAGAUUAGAACCUUCAAAGACGCCACAGAGUUGAUCAUCAACAACCCACAUGCUGUGUAAACGUGCUGUGUGCUACGCUGUCCGAGGCAGAACAGAACUUUUACGAGCUGUCGAUCUCGGAAGUUACUAUUUA